AGCGGCGGAGGGAGGAGGAGGCGCUGCUGGCCGCCGCCGUUGCCUCCGCUGCUGGGCGCCGGGACAGCUCCCCGGGUUUCUGCAGCCGCCAUGGACGAGCAGGCGGGUCCUGGCGUCUUCUUCAGCAACAACCACCCAGGCGCCGGCGGUGCCAAGGGGCUCGGGCCUCUGGCAGAGGCUGCCGCGGUCGGCGACGGGGCGGCUGCGACGGGGGCGGCCCGAGCCCAGUACAGCCUCCCGGGGAUCCUGCACUUCCUGCAGCACGAGUGGGCCCGCUUCGAGGUGGAGAGAGCCCAGUGGGAGGUGGAGCGGGCGGAGCUGCAGGCACAGAUUGCCUUUCUUCAAGGGGAAAGAAAAGGUCAAGAAAAUUUGAAGAAGGAUCUUGUGAGGAGGAUCAAAAUGUUGGAAUAUGCUCUUAAACAGGAAAGAGCCAAAUACCACAAGUUGAAAUAUGGGACAGAAUUGAAUCAGGGAGAUAUGAAGCCUCCAAGCUAUGAUUCCGAUGAAGGUAAUGAAACAGAGGUGCAGCCACCACAAAACAGCCAGUUAAUGUGGAAACAAGGCCGACAGCUACUCAGACAGUACCUACAGGAGGUGGGCUACACAGAUACUAUUCUAGAUGUGAAAUCUAAACGAGUGCGAGCUUUGUUGGGCUUUUCAAGUGAUGUCACUGACAGGGAAGAUGACAAAAAUCAGGACUCAGUUAUAAAUGGCACAGAGGCUGAAGUUAAAGAGACAGCAAUGAUUGGAAAAUCCGAGUUAACAGAUUCUGCCUCCGUGCUGGAUAAUUUCAAAUUCCUUGAAAGUGCAGCUGCGGAUUUCAGUGAUGAUGAUGAAGACGAUGAUGUUGAUGGAAGAGAGAAAAGCAUCAUCGAUACUUCCACAAUUGUUAGGAAAAAAGUGUUGCCUGAUAGCAGUGAAGAUCGAGAUACAAAAGAAGCUCUAAAGGAGUUUGACUUCCUGGGUACAUCAGAGGAAGGAGACAGUGAAUCUAGAAGCGCAGGCGACGGAACAGAUUGGGAGAAGGAAGACCAGUGUCUCAUGCCUGAAGCGUGGAAUGUGGACCAGGGAGUAAUUACCAAACUCAAGGAACAAUACAAAAAGGAGAGAAAAGGGAAAAAGGGGGUGAAGAGACCCAAUAGGUCAAAACUACAAGAUAUGCUUGCUAAUUUGAGGGAUGUUGAUGAACUUCCUUCAUUGCAGCCAUCUGUGGGUUCACCUUCCAGACCCACCAGCUCAAGGCUUCCUGAACAUGAAAUUAAUAGAGCAGACGAAGUGGAAGCAUUGACAUUUCCUCCUUCUUCUGGAAAAUCAUUUAUCAUGGGAGCAGAUGAAGCUCUUGAAAGUGAACUGGGACUUGGGGAAUUGGCAGGUCUUACGGUGGCCAAUGAAGCAGAUUCACUGACUUAUGAUAUAGCAAACAAUAAAGAUGCAUUGAGGAAGACAUGGAACCCUAAGUUUACAUUAAGAAGUCACUUCGAUGGCAUCAGAGCCCUUGCUUUUCACCCCAUUGAGCCUGUUUUGAUUACAGCAUCAGAGGACCACACAUUAAAAAUGUGGAAUUUGCAGAAAACAGCCCCAGCCAAAAAGAGUACGUCUCUUGAUGUAGAGCCUAUCUAUACAUUCAGAGCCCAUAAAGGUCCAGUGCUUUGUGUGGUAAUGAGUAGCAAUGGUGAGCAGUGUUAUAGUGGUGGUACUGAUGGAUUGAUCCAGGGCUGGAAUACCACUAAUCCUAACAUCGAUCCCUAUGACUCUUAUGAUCCUUCUGUGUUAAGAGGCCCUCUGCUUGGCCACACAGAUGCAGUCUGGGGUUUGGCAUACAGUGCAGCACAUCAGCGUUUGUUGUCCUGCUCAGCAGAUGGCACUCUGCGUUUAUGGAAUACAACAGAGGUUGCUCCAGCUCUAAGUGUAUUUAAUGAUAAUCAAGAAUUGGGAAUCCCUGCCUCUGUGGAUCUAGUAAGCAGCGACCCAAGCCAUAUGGUAGCAUCAUUCAGCAAAGGAUAUACAAGCAUCUUUAACAUGGAAACCCAACAACGCAUCCUCACUUUAGAAUCAAAUCUAGAUACAUCAACCAGCUUUUCCUGCCAGAUAAAUAGAGUCAUUAGUCAUCCCACUCUUCCUAUCAGCAUCACUGCUCAUGAAGACAGGCAUAUCAAAUUCUAUGAUAAUAAUACAGGAAAACUGAUCCACUCGAUGGUAGCCCAUCUAGAAGCUGUUACAAGUUUAGCAGUCGACCCUAAUGGUCUCUACUUGAUGUCUGGCAGUCAUGACUGUUCAAUACGUUUAUGGAACCUAGAAAGUAAGACAUGUAUCCAGGAAUUCACAGCUCAUCGGAAAAAGUUUGAAGAAUCGAUUCAUGAUGUAGCAUUCCACCCAUCCAAAUGCUAUAUAGCCAGUGCUGGAGCUGAUGCACUGGCGAAAGUCUUUGUAUGACACAGUGCAUCUUUACCUUCUAGCUCUUUAUAAAUAAUCAACUGCACAAAAGAGAUACAGAAGACAAGGGCAAGAAUCAACUUGUCCUGCCCUUUUGUUCUGCUGAAGGAGCACAGAGAACAUUUGUUAAAGUAUAGUUUUGCAAUUCAUAAUACUGUUUUCUAAAACUAAAAUUUGUUCAGGUUGCUGCAAGCUCGGCUGAAUCUAUGAGCCUGAAAACCAUUUUAAAUUUUCUCCCAAAUAGGCGCUUUUAUUUCUGAGGUGGUUCUAAUUCGCUAGGCAGGCCUGAGCGAAUAUAGGUUUAGCUUGUCCUUUUUGAGUAAGUAGGGCAUGCUACAAGGGAUAAUUAAAAAGCUCAACAGCUGGGAAUGAGUAGGGGAAGAGCGGAAACUUAGACCUAGUUCUCCUUUAAGAAAUCUUGUUAAACACAUUAGGUAGUCAAAACAGUAAUCUUUAUCAGAUCUGUCACACUAACCUAACCCCUUUGUGUAUAAUGACUGGCAACGUUAAAAUGAGUUUUUGAUUUAGCUCUCUUUUCAGCUGUUCACAUAAAGCACCUGACAAAGCAUUUUACCUAUUAGGGGAAAAAAAUGCAAUAAUAUGUUAAAUAUAUAAUUAUUAAGAAAUGCAAAACAAAUAUAUAGUUUGCAAGCAGAUUUCUAUAUUGUAUUACAGUUUUGAAAAUAGAUUUGGUACCAUUCUAAAGUUUAGCUGUCAAGCACUCACCAUUAUGAAGAAUAGUUGAUAGAGUCUGCUUUUACUAAAGGACUUAACUUAUUCAGGUUUGAAAUUCUGUUUAUUUUAAAGGAUAAACAGGGCAUAUCUCUAUAAUAAUUUCUAUUUUGAAAUUUACUUUAUUCCUGUGAUAUUUAUAGUACCAGAGUGACUAUUUCAUAUUGAUGAAAUCUUACCUUUUAGUGACUGAGAAGAUGGAAGUUACUUGUUAGUACUCAUUUAUUAACACCCACAUAACCAUGCUUCAGAUGAUCUCUGCCUUUUCUUUUUUUCUCUCACCUGUUACCUGAACACCUACCAAAAAUAGUUCAUAAUUACUGUUUUAGCAGGCCAAAGAGUAUGGUUAACCUCAGGCAGCUGCUUUUGCAGAAGUACUAAUUAAAGCAAAUAUUUUGUACCC